AUGACGUACGACCAAUUCCUCAUUGUCGAUUGCCCAACGGCAUACAACGUCAUCGUAGGGCGAACGGCACUCACCAGGGUCAAAGCCCACUUAUCCCCCCACAUGUUGCUGAUGAAGUUCCCAACACGCAACGGUACCAGCGUCAUCCGGGGCGACCAGCUCAGCGCACGGACGUGCUAUGCCACGGCUCUUAAGUCGGUAGCUAGCAAACCGCCAAUGGAAGCCAUGACCGUGUAG